UUAAUCAUUGCCACCACUUUCCUCUCCUCGCUUUGUCUUCACAGCAGACGAAGCUCUCUGCCAAUCCCUCCGUCCCUCUGCCGUCGUUGUUGUAGUUGUUGUUGUUGCAAAAGCCUCUCUUUGUAGACUUAUAUGGGUUUCCUCGCCGUCCUGGUUUGGCUCAUCCAGGUGCUCUGGAGGGAUUUAGGAGGUAGUGCCAGUGUGCCAGGGUCAGCUAGUGCCAGGGUCAGGUAGCGUACGUGUGAGUGAGUGCCGCCCCCAAGAUUGUGUGCUUAGUGUAACUUGUGCCUUCGCGCGACACACACUGGUGGACGUGUUGGCACUGCCCAUGACGUCACUAGAACGAACGUAGAAGAUAUAUGUUGUUGUGGAUUGUGUUGAUGAAUAUCUACGGAAUGAACACUGUUAACGAGUCGAACCAAAUCCAAUCACGAGACACGUGACUCUCCCCCACAAACGAAACAAACAAAAAAUAAACAAAAAAUCCAAACGAAACACAAACCAAACAAACCGACACGACAAACGACCAAACGAAAGUUCCACGAGCCUCUGGACAGUGAGGCCGAGGGGUCUCCCAGGAGGCUCUCGAGGACUCUUGCCAGAAGGCCGCUGUAGGAAGGACUCAGCCUCUGAGCUCAGGUUGAAGGUGAGAGAGAAGGAGAAAGAGAAAGAGAGAAAAGGACAGGAAAGCUCGUCCCUCUUCGAAUCGUUCGAAUCGAGGCGUCGAGUCCCUCUAUCUCCGAGGCAGCCGCGGCGGGUCCCUCUCGCGGCCAACCCGGUGCGCACUGGACCCUUGCCACGCGACGGCCGGCCCCCGAACUGCACCACGAGAUCACAUACAAAAAUACCGCCACAGCCUCGCCAGUGAGCGCGUCCAGACAACGCUGAGCUCCCCCCACCCACACCCUCCCAAGGGCUUGUACAGUGACGAAGAUGUCCGGCCGAGGGGGCGAUGGGGGGGAGGAUCCAGACCCGCCCAAAGGACCCCCGGGGGGAGGGGGGCCCACCAUCAACGGGUCCAUCGAAGCCAUGCUCACGCCCGAGCUCCUCUUCCGCAUGAAUAAGAAGAUCGCACAACUUACCAAGGUGGUGUACGGACUGAACACUCGCGGAGAAGAAUUGGAAUCCCAGUUAGCGUCGGUUCGGGAGGCAGAGGAGAAUCUGAAAUCGGCGAACGCGGAGUUGCAACACCGCGCCACACACUAUAAACUCAAAUAUGACUCGGAGAUUGGGAAACUGCGCGAUAUGGAGCAGCAAGUGACCCAGGCGCAGUAUUGGAAAAUGGAAUGCGAGAACCUCAAAAGAAGACUGGACCUCGAGGGCGGCGUGGGGAUGCUGGGCGGGGCGGACGUGCGGGCGGCGGUGGCAGCGGCGAGAGAGGACACGGACAGGGCGCUUAGGAGGGAGAAGGCCGUUACGUACGAGCUGGAACAAGCGAGGCAGGCGAUUACCAACCUUAAGAGUCACCAUGACUUCAUCAUGAGGGAGAGAGAUGCACAGCUCGCCAUGGAGAGAGAGAAGAUGGAGCUGGAGUGGCAGACGAGACUUACGGAGGUGGAGAACAGGUGAGGCCGCGUCACGAACAG